AUGUGGACCUCGUUAGCGCUGCUAUUGUUUGUGGGGCUUGCUUAUGCAGCCGAAGACCACAAAGGUACGCGAUUUAUUGUGGCCUUCAUGGCCCAAUUUCGCAACUCUGAGACCGGUCACAAUGAAGUUGUUAUAACCGCGUCAAGGCGCACCACUGUACGUGUCCAGUCACCCCAAGGAAGUUUCGAUGAAAUAUAUGUCAUCGAGGCCGGAGAAGUAGAAAGAAUCCGAUUUCCUGGAGCCGUACGAAUGUUUUAUAACAGAGCCGAACGAAAGGGUAUUUUGAUAACAUCCAAUUACGAAGUCAGCGUUUAUUGCAAUAAUGCUGGAAUUGCUGGUGAAUCAUUCUUGGCACUUCCGGUCUCUGAUUUUAACGCCACGCUAACACAAGAAUUCCUUAUUCCAUCAUAUAAUGCGUUAAGCGUCACCUACUCUCUCAUUGGUAUCGCAGCACAGGAAGAAAACACAAACGUCCAAAUUGUCCCUCCUUUGCCAGAUGGUGGGCAUGAUUUUGCAAAUGCACUGAAUCUUAUGAUGAUGGAAUUCGAAACGUAUCAGCUGGCCAUACGAGGAGGCGACACAACCGGCUAUCUUGUAACAUCUGACAAGCCAGUGGCGGUUUACGGUGGUGCUUCGUGCGUGUUUGUGCCCACUGGUGUUCAAUACUGCGAUCAUAUUGUAGAACAGAUACCUCCAAUAUACACCUGGGGCGAGUACUUCGCCACAGCGCCGAUUCAGCCACGUCGAGCAGGAGACGUUUACAGAGUGCUUGCAUCAGAAAAUGAUACAUCAAUCACUGCCUUUAAUUAUGGAACAAGAAGGGGUCUGAACAGAGGGCAAUUCUUUGAGUUUGAAAGAAGGUCGAAUGACUUCAACUACUUUAUCUGCUCAAAGCCUUGUCUUAUUGUCCAGUACAACAAAGGUAUUUCUGCCGACAAUCUUCGCGGUGGGACGGAUCCGUUCAUGAUGAUUGUGCCACCUGUAAAACAGUUCACUGGUCCAGUCAUAUUCACGACAUUCAGGAAUCGCGUCGAACGAGAUUAUGCCAACUAUUUGGCAGUUAUAGCAUCCUUACAAGUCGCAGGAGGAUUGACCAUCAAUGAGCAAAUCAUACCGAGAAGAUUAUGGAGUCCAAUUCCGGGAACCAACUACACGACUCUUCUAAUAAGUGGACUAUUGUACCGGACAUACAGAAUUGAUCACUGGGCGCCAAAUGUAGAGUUCAUGGCAUUCUCUUAUGGACAUCAGGGUAUUGAAUCGUACGGUCACCCAGUUGGAUGUGGGUUGAAGUCAAACAAAAUCGUGGAUCUUCCAACACCACCCCCAACCACACCAGAACCCACUACGCCACCCGGGGGACCAUUCAAUGAAAAGUGUAACUGUACCAUUCGACUCGAGGCCAAUAUAACGGCAGGUGAAAGUGAGCCUACGGACGUCCUGUAUCAGCUAGACUCAGUAUGGUACAACAACACCAAAGGAAGAUGCUAUGGAUGUGAAGAAGUGAUGGAUCAAUGCAGAAUACAGUGUGAUGGUGCUCUACGUAAAAUCUACGGCACACAGGGGUUGAAUUCGUCAAUCCUAAUCAAUAAUACAUCCGAGAUAUUGUACAGACCUCUGGGGCAGGUUAUGUGUGAUGAAUGGUCGAGGACACUCUCACCCCCUGGUUUACGUUUGGUAGCUUAUUAUGAGCCUGGUACGUGUGGUGGAACUUUCCAUACCUUUGUAGCUCCACAAGCUCUGUGUUGUCAGGAGCUUGAUGUUCCAGAAAUUGGCUCCGUUGUUGUAUGGGACGCGCAGUGCGAUGCGGAUGUUGAAUUGCCAACAAAUUACCAAGUAAAAUAG